CAGUAAGACAGAGCACUAACCAAUUACCUAGGAAACGCACGUUCACUCUCACACGCUUACACACACACACACACAUCUAUCUCUCUCUUUCUUCUUCUUCUUCUUCUUCUUCUUCCUCUGCUCUCUCUCUCUCUCUCUCUCAUACUCAGAGUCUUCCUUUCACUCUAUCUCUCUUUUCUUCUCUUUAAUCUCUCUGUUUAUCUUCUUACUCUUGUAGUAUUUAUCAUUUUACUUAGUUUAGUCCUUUUGAUCUUUCUCUCUCUUUUUUUUCUUUCUCCUCACUCUCUGGGUUCUUUUCUCUCUCUCCUACUCUGUUUCUCUCUCUCUAACAGCGGACUGAUGCACAAAGCUUUGGAAUCUCCGCCGUGAUUAAAUGGGGUGCAUGUUCUCUCACCUCGCCGCCAAAUUCGCCUUUUUCCCUCCUUCUCCUCCCACCUACCAUCUCACAAAAACUCCGGACGGCAAACUCACCGCCGUCUCCUCCUCCGCUUCCUCCUCCUCAACCUUUCCCGCCGCCGGAGACUCGUCUCUCGACGUGAGAGUGGUGAAAACAAGACGUGGCAACAAAGUCGCAGCUUUUUACCUAAAAAACCCUAACGCGAGGCUCACACUACUGUAUUCACAUGGAAAUGCCGCAGAUUUGGGACAACUCUUCGAUCUCUUCGUUCAACUCAAAGUCAAUCUCCGAGUCAAUCUCAUGGGGUAUGAUUAUUCAGGCUACGGAGCUUCUACCGGUAAGCCAAGUGAGUACGACACAUAUGCGGAUAUAGAGGCGGUGUACGAGUGUUUGCAGAACGAAUAUGGGGUCGGUCAAGAGGAUUUGAUCUUGUAUGGUCAGUCCGUUGGCAGUGGACCGACGCUGCACCUUGCCUCUAAGCUUCCUCGGCUUAGAGGUGUGGUUCUUCAUAGUGGCAUCCUCUCUGGUCUUCGUGUUCUAUGUCAUGUCAAGUUCAAGUUUUGUUGUGACAUUUACUCGAACGUAAACAAGAUCAAGAAAGUGAAAUGCCCUGUUCUUGUCAUUCACGGAACAGAGGAUGAUGUGGUGAAUUGGCUACACGGAAACAGGCUAUGGAAAAUGGCGAAGGAACCGUAUGAACCGCUUUGGAUCAAAGGUGGUGGACAUUGCAACCUCGAGAUCUAUCCGGACUACAUUAGACAUCUCUACCGGUUUAUACAAGACAUGGAGAAUACAACCACCAAGUCUCGUCUCAAGAAGAUUUGGCAAGAAAUCCGCAGACAAGACGAAUCCAAGGGAUGUUGUAGUUUCCGACUCUGCAGUAGACCAAAAUGCCCUCGGUGUCCCAAGCCUAGUUGCGAUUGCAGUUGCGGUUGUUGCAAGUGUUCUUGUCUUUCGUUGAAGGGAUGUUUCUCUUGCUGCAAGAAACCGAGCUGUUUUAGUUCUUGUUGUUGCUCCUGUCCCAAGUUCGAAUGCAGCAGCUGCUUUGGGAAGCCUAAAUGUCCGAAAUGCCCUUGUUGGAAUUGUCUAAAAUGCCAUGAGUCCGAGUGUUGUAGAAGUUGUUGCUGUGCCGGUUGUUUUAGCUGGCUGUGUUGCUGCGGCGGAGGUAGGAGGAAGGAGGGGGAGAGGAGAGAUGGAGGUACGGUGGUAAAGAGUGAAGGGUAAUAUUGGCAUUUUAUUAUUCUUGUAUAGAUUUUGUCCAAAGAUUCGGUUAAACAUUAGGAAGAUUCAUGGAACAAGAAAGACUGAGAGAUUUGAGGCCAAAAGAAAAUUGAAAAUAUGAAAUCUUGAUUUUUGUUCCAAAUUGACUCGAAUCUUUCCACUGUUUAUUUGUUUAUUUAUAAUUCUAAUCACUAUAAUACGAAC